CGGCAUGCCCAAAACCCCGGCUUGCCUCCCGCGCAUGCAAUUAAUUUUGUCCUCUAUGCAAUACUAUCCGGAGGACAUUAUUGCAUGCCGGACGGUUUGCAUAUGCAAUUGUGUCCGCCCGGACACAUUUGCAUAUGCAGUUGUGUCCGCCCCCGUGCAAAACCGUCCUUGCAGUAAAUUAACCGCCCUUGGUCGCGGAACACGUUUGCCAUUGUUUACAAGAUUAGAAUUACACAAAGAUAUUGAGGGUGAAAACAGUGCCGAUGGAAGGAGACGGUGCUCCCUCGCUAUGGAGGACCAGUUAAAUAACAAUUUUGCUGCCGUGCCAGACUGUUUACUGCCCGAUCUCGACCCAGCUAGUCUUUAUAGUCUAGAGGACGACCAAGCCGUGCCCGUAUUCGACCAGGCCGUGUCCAGUAGUAUCGAUACGCUUCUUAAUGGGGCGAGUUGGUCACCGAGUCAACGAGACGACGACGGUUAUAGCCGUAGCUUUGAACAAUUCGUAAACACCUCAAGAACACAAGGGAGCGCCCUGUCUCAUGGAGAUGUUCCGACUUCCUCGUCUUAUCCACUGACUUCAAACGGGAGUAGUAGUUCCUCUCAAGGCGCUGAUGGACAGGCGCCCGUCCCAACUUCUACGUCACCUACGUCUGACGACGUGACGUCACUUCACUGCUCAAUCUGUUUCCGAACUUUCAAACAUAAAUUGAGCCUCACCAACCACCAGAGGUCCCACACUACAAGGCAGCCGUACGCGUGUACGAUAUGCGGGGAGACGUUCAAGUACAAGACCAAUUUCAAACGACACAAGCGGGGCCACGUGAGGGAGAUGCGGAUAUGUAAAUAUUGCGGGCUAAAUAUGGACAGCGAUUAUGAUUUAGCGCAACAUGAGAAAGAACACAGACGUCAGCAAAAACCCUUAAAAUAACUUCAAAAUAUUUAUAUAACUACAUUUUUUAGUCAAGUGGUGCACUUGAAAAAUAUUUACAAUACAAUUCUGGAAUAAAUUAAGUACAAGUGUAAACACACCGACUUUAAAGGCAGUGGACACUAUUGGUAA